CAUGAGAACCAUGAGCGCCAUCUCAUUGCUGUCGUGGUCGUCGACAUCUGCUGCUACGUUCAGAUGACACUGCUGUUCAUUUGAUACCACAUGGCUGCCCUAGAAACAUAUAUUCGUCGGACAGUCGCUCCCACGAGCCUGUCGCUGAUCCAACAUCAAGUGCUGUUAUUUCUGAGGCGAAAAAGGUUUCAAAGCGCAAAGAAGAAACUUGCCAUCAUGGAGCCCCUCGAUCCUAUUAAGCUGACAAUGCUGCCGGCUGAAAUACUACAUAUGAUAGUCUCCUAUCUACCAACGUCCUCACUUGUUGCUGUCAAAUUGACUAACAAGCGCCUCUACCGUGAUACCAUUUCUCCGUCUCCAGGCUGGCUGAAGACUGCAAGCACGUGCGAGAAAAAAGCCGCGCGACGAUAUAUCAACGAGCGCAAGGACCUAAUCAGUGGCCGCCGUCAAUGUACGACGUGUAACCUGAUCACAUCGACCGAUCGGUUUCCCUGCGACGCGCCCAUCUGUAGAUGGCAUGAGCAGUGGUUCGUCUCGACCACGAUCCCUUCCUUCCUCGAGACGGGCCUGAAGGCUCGACUGGUACAACUCGGCAAUCGCACUGAAGAGCCGAAGUACAUCGCCAUCGACAGGAUGUAUUGUGCGCACAAUCGCGACAUUAUCGGCUGGCACGUUAUGGAUUGUGAAUGCGAAUGCGACUCGUGCGGACACUACCCGGUCAAGUGCUACAUACGAAUUACAAGGAAGCUGGGGAAUCCGCGAUAUGCAGAGUUAUCAGAAGACAGAUCCAGCGUCAGCGAGGAACGUUGGUUUUAUGCUCCAGGCCAAGCAUUACGAAUCUAUCAAAAGAGCGCACCCGUUGUCUCGUACAAUGCCGCUGUGUGGUCGAAAAUUGUCGUAGGACGAUGCAACAAGCAAUCACAGCAGCCUCAUGUCGACUAUCAUAAGCAGCUGGACCAAAGGAACGGCGGGAGCGAAGAUUUGAUGGUCAGUCGAGUCAAAGGCCAGUCGUCGAUCAAGUUUCGUAUAUGCGACAGAACACACCGGAUCAUGUAUCAGUCUGAGUAGAACUUUCUGGGAAUGGGACAGCAUACACCUCAGCGAAAAGUCAAGACUUAUCGACGGAGCUGCGUGAAGUAUCGAAUUGCCGGAUCCUCUUCAGCGCGCGCGGCGUG